UUAAGAAAUUGACAAAUGUAGGUCAAUGUAUGGCGGGCAGUUCUAGCAAUAAUGAAAAUGCUAUGGAACAAAGUUGUAGUCAUAAUCAACCAAGUGCAACUAUUACGAGACCUACAGAGUUUGUUAGUCUUAAUCAGGAUGAUGCAAAUGAUUAUGCUAUAGAUAGUUUUGAUUUUAGUUAUCUUGAUUCCCUUAACAGUUUAUCCCAUGUAGGUGUUGAUCCCAAAAUAGCAUUUAAAGACGCAUUUGAAUCAAUUCUGUUGAUGAUUAUUGAUUGGAUUACUGGUCCAAAAAUAGGGACUGGUUUGGGUAAGGCUGUAAAUGCAGCUGUUUCUGUUAAGUCUUGCAAAGAAACAAUGGAUGAAAUAGCUAAACGGUAUAAUAGGCCCGAAAAUUGUACUUACCUCAAAGUUCCCAGGGUAAACAAAGAAAUCUGGGAUGCAAUGAACAAAAAUGCACAUUCAUCCGACCUUGCCUUACAAGAAAUACCAAAAUAUAUGGCGCAUGGGUUAAUUCCCAUUGUUUCCCUAGCAGAUCAGCUGGCAAAUAGCAAAGAUUUGGAUGUUCAGAAAACAAAGUCCAUGCUGUCCGACUCCAUUAGUCUGUUAGGGUAUGGGUUUUAUAAUUUAUCAAUGAAACGCAGAAAUGAAUUAAAGCUGCAUGAAUUGUUUAAAUCCUCGAUACAGGAAAGUUCAGAUAUUCCUGUUACAGAACAAUUGUUUGGAGAUAACUGUACGACCAAACUGAAAGAUAUGGGUGACAUGAACAAACAUUCUUUAAGUUCUCUCAAGGGUCAGAGUUCAGAGGGUUGGACAAGGUUACCAACAGCAAAACCAAUACCAAAGUUACCAAGGGUACCAACAAUACAGACCUCGUGGAGGCAGACCAUGUUACAAACGAGGGGGAUAUCUCAGUCAGUUCAAUAGUCAGAAGAAAGGCUACCAGAACCAGUAAAUAAGAUAACCACGUCACAAGGAUCUUCUGGUCAUGCCUCACACAGGAGAAAACCAUCCACUGAUGAAGAAAAUGUCACUGAUUGCCUGCAUUGUAUCAGGAAACAUCUCAAAAAUCAAGGACCACCGAAAUAUGAAUCUGAUGUCAUCAACUCUUCACUCAGACAUUCCACAACUAAACAAUAUCAGUAUUGCUGGAGAAAAUGGGUUCACUGGUGCCGUGAACGGGAAAUUAAUACCUAUAAUCGAUCUGAAGUAAAUGUUGUAAAAUAUUUAGGACAUUUGAUGAAAGAAAAAUGUUCUUAUUCUGUCAUCAAUUCAAAUAAAGCUAUGAUUAUGCAAACUUUGUCUCUAUUUCGGGUGGAUUGGAU